UAUAUUACCUUUCAAAAGGUGCGAAUUACCAGAAACUUUCGACGAGUCAUCCUUCAAGCCAACCAGGUAAAGGCUUGCUCGCUGCUACCAAUGUGCUCACUUCAGACAACUCUGGAAUAACGGGAGAGCUACCUUUACUGGGAUCAAUCAUAGGGCCAGGAGCACCGAGCACUUCAAACCCACAGGCAAGCACGGAUUACAACAUCAAGCAAGCCAUCACUUCCCUUACAAUACGAAUGGAUGAAGCGUCUAAUGUUAACAGAAUCCAGAUCUCUAGGCCCAACUCUAUCGCUAUAUUUAUAAAGUUUCCUGACUUACACCUUGACAAAAUCCAAGCCUUCGAAGGCGCUCGACACAAUUUACCAGAUGAAGACGCAUUCAAAACGACCCAACUAAUUUUGCAAAUGCUAAAGUCCAUACCGAAUCAAAACGAUUCCUUAUUAUUUAUUCUUGUGUCAGGAGGUGGAAGCGCUUUACUCUGUUGCCCUAUCAAGCCCUUGACAGUUUCAAAACAAUUGUCAUUGAUCAAAUUAUUAGCCUCUAAGGGAGCCGAUAUAACGCAGCUCAACACCGUUAGAUCUAGUUUGUCCGAGGUUAAAGGAGGCAAAUUACUCGAUUACGUUCCUUCCAAUGUUCGGGUUAUAUCGUUAAUUAUAUCAGAUAUAGUUGGGGAUCCUUUGCAAUACGUGGCCAGUGGACCCACUAUAACCCCUACAUUUUUUCCUAAAGACGCUCUAAAAACUAUCGAUGAUUUUGGCAUCAAACAUAUGAUUCCGAAUGAAAUAUUAGAAAAAAUAGAAAAAAACGAAAAACCACGGGCGCCAAAAUCGGAAGAGAUUUUACAAAAUUUACUUAUAGGAAAUAAUAUGUUGAUGCUUCAAGAAGCUAAGAAUUUUAUAACCGAUUAUCAUAAGCAUUACAACGAUUCUCUCUGCAAGUUCAAAGCGAUCAUAGUAUCAAACCGAAUAAAAGGGGAAGCCAAACUAUUCGGUGAGUAUAUAGCCAACAUCGGAAUAUCUAUUUCAGAAAAUUUGAGAUUAGCGUCGUCUAAAUCAGGUUUUAAAGAUAGUAAUUCUAGAUUAUUUGAGCUUGAACCAUAUUUAAUCGAGGAAAGUAAAAUAUUUAUCGAUUCAAACGAGUUCGAGCGGAUCGAAACUAUAAAGUUCCUUGAAAAUCAAAUCGACGAAUUAUUUAAAGAAAUAAUUUUACUUCCAAAAGUGCAAGACUUAAACCCGAAUUAUAUACUCUGCCUGAUAUUUGGCGGAGAGUGCACUGUUGAAUUUGACGUUAAAACAUUACCCAGCGAGGAGAAAUUAAAUGAUUCUAAGCAAAUUCAAAUGGACCAAAAUAUUAUUAGAAAUUUUAAUUUUCCAUCGAAUUCGAAUUAUAUAAAAUCAGACACUUUUAUUAAUCACAAAAAAAUUAAUGACAACAAAGAGGACUUAUAUACCUUUAAAGGUGGCCGUAACCAAGAAUUGGUGCUGUCUUUCCUAAUCAGUUAUCUAAAACGAGAAGUUUGUAACCCCCAUAAAGUUUGGCCAAAAUUAAAUUUACUAAGUGUUGGCAGCGAUGGCCAAGAUGGCCCAACAGAUUCUGCUGGUGCUUUUAUGGAAUUCACGAGUUUCAUGAAUAAUCCUAUGAACCAUCUUAAUCAUGACAGUAAUCUUCAAAAUGAAGAAAAUCAUCUCAUAACCACGGAGGAGAAUAAAACUUUAGAGCGAUUUUUAUGCGCUUCCCAAAACUAUCUAACCAGGCACGACAGUUAUCAUUUUUUUGAGUCCUUUUUAGAUGGCAAAUAUCACUUUAAACCAGGAUUAAGUGGGACCAACGUAAUGGAUAUGCAAAUUCUUUACGUUUAUCUUUGACUAAAUCUCAGAAAAAUUUAAUUUUAUUGGAACAAGUUUAAAUUAUUUAUUUACAGUAUAACAAAUUUUAAAUUCAAACAACAAACCAAUUUUAAAAAACAUUAUAAUAUUUAUUUUAUUUAAAUUAAAAAUUAAAGGUAUUUAUCAAUUUUAAUGUAAUUAUUAAAUUAUCUUUAUCUUUUACAAUAAAAUAUCUUUCUUUUCUAA